CAUACACACACUCACACACGCUGCUGCCUGUUUCACUUACACAACUCCACAGCACACUUCUCCAGCUCUGAAUACUGGAAUCACAUGGCCAGAGUGUGGGAUAGGAACGAACUCAACAGCAGGAUCUAAAAUGCCAAUCUCUGGAACAUAGAGGAAGCUUUUGUUUGAGGAAAGGACGAUAACAAUUCCAAAAAAGGAGCUGGACUCUUCAGAGAGCGUUUUUGUAUACCAGCACACUUAUUCAAAAGCCUACAACACACAAACAGAUACAACAUGCUGCAGCAAAUCCUAGCUGACAUGUACAUCGACCCUGAUGUACUAGAGGCCUUGAAUGAGGAACAGAAGAAGAUCCUGUUCUUCAAAAUGAGAGAGGAACAAGUCAGGCGCUGGAAGGAGCGGGAAGAGAAGGAGGGCAAGGAGGGGAUAAAAAAAGAAAAGUGCCGGCAAAAGAGAGGCCCUUGUAAAAGUGUGAGCUGGUUGCUGGGCAGUGAUGGUGAUGUGCAUGUGUGUAUUAUCGGAGAAUCAGAUGAGCUCAAAUCUCCAAAACUCAUCCUGUCCGAGCUGAGAAACAAGACAGUGGCCAACCCUAAUGCUAUCAACAGAGCAAAAGCAGAAACUGUAAAGAGCAGCCUGACCAAACCCAGCAGAACACAACAAACCAGUACAGAACCAGGGAUCCAGCUACUGCUUAAGAAACCAGAGGAGCUCAGCAAUUCUACGACAGUCUCAGAUGAGUCCAAGCAGGACGGCGGUUCUGAUCAGUCAGCUGACGACACCAGGGGCCAAACAGAUGACUCAGAUUCGGGCAGCGCGGAGGACGACACGGGCCUUUACAGAUCACAUAUGAGCAACACAGAAACAACAGUAGCUGACAGACUCAGAGAGCUUCAACUGCACAGAGCAAUGAAAGAGCAGCUGUCAAUCAACAACAAGACACACCCACUGGACACACCCACACCAGACAAAGGAGUGAUGAAAGAUAAGGAUAGCGGUCUGACAUACGGCAGUCGUGUGGCUCAGCUAAGGAAGAACUUCAACACCAGUAAUGCUCCAUGUGUCAAACCACCGAUCCCCUGCAAGCCCCCUCACCUACUGGCCUCCCCCUCUGUCAGAUAAAAACAACACUGCCACACUGCACACCUGAAAAACAUCCUAGUGUAUUCAAAAACCUGCAAAACGAACUAAAAACACAGAAAGACUUGCGCAUGUGAGCAGAUCCAGGUGUGGACGCAGCUGGAGACGGACGUUGUACGGAAAUCAAACACUUCUUAUGACCCAGCUCGAGCCAUCAAUCUUCAGUUUUCACACUGUUUACAGAGGACCGUGGUCUCCAGAGGACUCAAAGAUUUGUUCUACUGCCUUAUAUAGUUUAUUUUUUUGUUUUUUUAUAUAAACUUUGUUUCCUUAAGGGGAGAAUGACCAAAGUUAUUGUUUAAUGUUUUUAUAGAUAAUGGCUCAUCUUUCUUGUCUGGUUGUAAAUAACGGUGUUAUAUUGUAUUAAUAAAACAACUGGUUUUAACUGGUUGUGUGAGCUGAAUGCUAAUGUAACUAGGAAUGCUGUUCCAGGCCCUUCGAUGUCUAGAUAGAUAGAUGGUUGGGUGGAAUGGAUGCACGAAUAGAUGUAAAAUGUAUUUCCAUAUUAUUGCCACGUUUGAUAACUCAGCGGCAUCUGGUUAAUGAUGGAGACAGUCCAUCAUUCCAGACUGUGAAACAGCAGCUGGGAUAGUUAUCAUCUGUGCGUCCGACUGGUCGAGACAGACGGCAGCGCCGGGCCGUCAUGCUGACCCUCUCGUCUCAAAUGAGCUCAUGCAGCUCAGUUACUGACCUCUCCCUUAUCUCCCUCUAUUCCGCACUUCCUCUGAUGGAUCAGGGUGGACAAAAAGAGACAUGGAGGUGCAUGGAAAUAGAGGGAGCAUAGAUACAAAGGAAAAGAUAUGGAAAGAAGGACAUAGGGAGAUGGAGGGAAGCUAUACAUGAUCUGAAGGGGAUGGGUCACUCAGUCUCAGUCAAAUUUAGUU